GCCGAGGCACCACCCUUCAGCUGGCGCUCGCUGAUUGGCCACCACUCGCGCGGUCUCCUGGGUGACGGGAACGCCGUAGCCUUCGUGGAGGAGACCGGGUGCGCCUGCGCAUUUCCUAGAUCGCACGGCUGCUCGCGCCUUGAGAUGAAGCGUGUUUUCUCAGUGCUUGAAAAGACUUGGCUUGGCACACCAAUACAGUUUACCUGGCAAAAAACAUCAGGAAACUACCUUGCAAUAACAGGAGCUGAUUAUAUUGUGAAAAUCUUUGAUCGCCAUGGUCAAAAAAGAAGUGAAAUUAGCUUACCUGGUAACUGUGUUGCCAUGGAUUGGGAUAAACAUGGAGAUAUCCUAGCAGUGAUUGCUGAGAAAUCCAGUUGCGUUUAUCUGUGGGAUGCCAACACAAAUAAAACCAGCCAGUUAGACAGUGGUAUGAGGGAUCAAAUGUCUUUCCUUCUUUGGUCAAAAAUUGGAAGUUUCCUGGCUGUUGGAACUAUUAAAGGAAAUUUGCUUAUAUAUAAUCGUCAGACAUCUCGAAAGAUUCCUGUCCUUGGAAAACAUACUAAGAGAAUCACAUGUGGAUGUUGGAAUGCAGAAAAUCUGCUUGCUUUAGGUGGUGAAGAUAAAAUGAUUACAGUUAGUAAUCAAGAAGGUGACACGAUAAGACAGAUAUCAGUGAGAUCAGAGCCGAGUAACAUGCAGUUUUCCAUGAUGAGGACAGAAGACCGAAGCUCUGCUGCUGAAAGCACAAUAAGUAUGGUGCUUGGCAAAAGAAAUUUGUGUCUUUUUAAUCUGUAUGAUCCAGAUAAGCCAACUGACUUGGAAUUUCAGCAGCACUAUGGAAGCAUUGUCUGCUAUAGUUGGUGUGGUGAUGGCUACAUCGCGAUUGGUUUUUCACGUGGAAUUUUUGUGGUCAUUUCUACUCAUGUUCCAGAGGUUGGUCAUGAGGUACUUCAAGGUCGUAACCAUAGAGAUAAUCUAACUGGUAUUGCAGUUUCACACACUCUUAACAAAGUUGCUACAUGUGGAGAUAACAGCAUUAAAAUGUAUGACUUGGCAGAAUUAAAAGACGUAUAUGCUAUAGUCAACCUGGAUGAUGAAAAUAAAGGAUUGGGUACCAUGUCCUGGACAGAUGAUGGUCAGCUGCUGGCGUUGUCUACCCAAAGAGGCUCACUUCAUGUUUUCCUGACCAAACUUCCCAUUCUCGGGGACGCCUGCAGCACAAGGAUUGCAUAUCUUACCUCCCUCCUUGAAGUUACUGUAGCCAACCCUGUUGAAGGAGAGCAACCAAUCACAGUUUCUGUUGAUGUGGAACCCAGCUUUGUAGCAGUAGGUCUUUAUCAUCUGGCUGUAGGAAUGAAUAAUCGAGCUUGGUUUUAUGUUGUUGGAGAGAAUGCUGUGAAAAAAUUAAAAGAUACGGAGUAUCUGGGAACAGUAGCCAGUAUUUGCCUUCAUUCUGACUAUGCUGCUGCACUUUUUGAAGGCAAAGUCCAAUUACAUUUGAUAGAAAGUGAAGUCUUGGAUGCUCAAGAAGAACGUGAAACUCGACUUUUCCCAGCAAUGGAUGAUAAGUGCCGUAUUUUAUGUCAUGCCUUAACUAGUGAUUUCCUCAUCUAUGGUACAGAUACUGGUGUCAUUCAGUAUUUCUACAUUGAAGAUUGGCAAUUUGUUAAUGAUUAUCGACAUCCUGUUGGUGUGAAAAAGAUUUUUCCUGACCCAAAUGGGACCAGAUUAGUUUUCAUUGAUGAAAAAAGUGAUGGAUUUGUCUACUGUCCAGUUAAUGAUGCUACCUAUGAGAUUCCAGAUUUUUCACCAACCAUUAAAGGUGUUCUUUGGGAAAACUGGCCAAUGGAUAAAGGUGUAUUUAUCGCUUACGAUGAUGAUAAGGUGUAUACUUAUGUCUUUCACAAGGAUACUAUACAAGGAUCCAAGGUUAUUUUGGCCGGUGGCACCAAAGUCCCCUUCUCUCACAAACCUCUGCUGCUAUAUAAUGGAGAGCUGACCUGCCAGACACAAAGUGGAAAAAUAAACAGCAUCUACCUUAGCACCCAUAGCUUUCUCAACAGCUUGAAAGAUAAGGGGCCUAAUGAACUGAGACAAAUGCUGGCACAGACUUUAAUGCUAAAAAGGUUCUCUGAUGCUUGGGAAAUGUGCAGGAUUCUGAAUGAUGGGGCUGCCUGGAAUGAAUUGGCCAGAGCUUGUCUACACCACAUGGAAGUGGAUUUUGCAGUCCGUGUUUAUCGGACAAUUAGAGAGGUUGGCAUAGUGAUGUCCUUGGAACAAAUAAAGGGAAUAGAGGACUACAAUCUUUUGGCAGGGCAUCUUGCCAUGUUUACGAAUGAUUUCAACCUGGCUCAGGACCUGUACCUUGCAUCCAGCUGUCCUGUUGCUGCCCUGGAGAUGAGAAGGGAUUUACAGCACUGGGACAGUGCUUUACAGCUGGCAAAGCGUUUGGCCCCAGACCAAACACCAUUUAUAUCAAAAGAAUAUGCUAUUCAGCUUGAAUUCACGGGUGAUUAUGUAAAUGCUUUGGCUCAUUAUGAGAAAGGAAUGACAGGUGAUAAUAAGGAACACGAUGAACUGUGUCUGGCUGGAGUGGCCCAGAUGUCCAUAAGAAUGGGGGACAUACGCCGAGGAGUUAACCAAGCCCUCAAGCAUCCUAGCAGGGUCCUUAAAAGAGACUGUGGAGCCAUACUGGAGAAUAUGAAGCAAUUUUCAGAAGCAGCCCAACUAUAUGAAAAAGGUCUCUACUAUGAUAAAGCAGCAUCUGUUUACAUCCGCUGUAAGAAUUGGGCAAAAGUUGGUGAGCUUCUGCCUCAUGUUUCUUCUCCUAAGAUCCACUUGCAGUAUGCCAAAGCUAAAGAAGCAGAUGGAAGAUACAAAGAAGCUGUUGUGGCUUAUGAGAAUGCAAAACAGUGGAACAGUGUGAUCCGCAUCUAUCUGGAUCACCUCAAUAAUCCCGAAAAAGCUGUCAGUAUUGUCAGAGAGACCCAGUCUCUGGAUGGAGCCAAAAUGGUAGCCAGGUUCUUUCUACAGCUAGGUGACUAUGGGUCCGCCAUCCAGUUUCUUGUCAUGUCCAAGUGUAACAAUGAAGCUUUCACACUGGCUCAGCAACACAACAAAAUGGAAAUCUAUGCAGACAUUAUUGGUUCUGGAGACACUACUAAUGAAGACUAUCAAAGCAUUGCCUUAUACUUUGAAGGAGAAAAAAGACAUUUUCAGGCUGGAAAAUUCUUCUUGCUGUGUGGCCAGUAUUCACGAGCACUUAAACACUUCCUGAAAUGCCCCAGCUCAGAAGAUAAUGCAGCAAUAGAAAUGGCAAUUGAAACUGUUGGUCAGGCCAAAGAUGAACUGCUGACCAGUCAGCUGAUAGACCACCUCAUGGGAGAGAGUGACGGCAUGCCCAAGGAUGCCAAGUACCUGUUCCGCCUGUACAUGGCUCUGAAACAGUACCGAGAAGCUGCCCGGACUGCUAUCAUCAUUGCCAGAGAAGAGCAGUCUUCAGGAAACUAUCGGAAUGCACAUGAUGUUCUCUUCAGCAUGUAUGCAGAACUUAAAUCCCAGAAGAUCAAAAUUCCCUCUGAGAUGGCCACCAACCUGAUGAUCCUGCACAGCUAUGUGCUAGUGAAGAUUCAUGUUAAAAAUGGAGAUCACAUGAAAGGGGCGCGCAUGCUCAUUCGGGUGGCCAACAACAUUAGCAAAUUUCCAUCACACAUUGUACCAAUCCUCACAUCCACUGUGAUCGAGUGUCACAGGGCAGGCCUGAAGAACUCUGCUUUCAGCUUUGCAGCUAUGUUGAUGAGGCCUGAAUACCGCAACAAAAUAGAUGCCAAAUACAAAAAGAAGAUUGAGGCAAUGGUCAGGAGACCCGAUACAUCUGAGACAGAAGAGGCCACGACUCCGUGUCCAUUCUGUGAAUUUCUUCUCCCAGAGUGUGAACUCCUCUGUCCUGGAUGUAAAAACAACAUCCCUUACUGCAUUGCAACAGGUCGACAUAUGUUGAAAGAUGAUUGGACAGUGUGUCCACAUUGUGACUUCCCUGCUCUCUACUCAGAAUUGAAGAUCAUGUUAAACACUGAAAGCACAUGUCCUAUGUGUUCAGAAAGAUUAAACUUCACUCAAGUGGAAAAGCUGUUGGACUGUUCCCAGUACCUGCGAACAGAGGUGGAGCAGUGAGCAGCAUGUUCAGGUAGGUGCCGGACCAGCCUCUCACCUUCCAUUCUGUGUAUUCCACCACAGAAUGAAUACAGCCCUUUAUAUCAGCAUUGACUCCUUUUUGUGCAUCACGUAACUUGCCAGACUUGAAUAAUCUGACAACAAACCUUUGGUGUAUUUUU